AUGUUCGGCGUCUCCUUGUUACGCACCCUGCAAGGAUCCUUCCGAACGUGUAGCGAGGCGGAGGAUGUCUCAGACAGCGAGGACUUGGCGGGGCCAGACGACAACAACAACAGCAAGUCCCGGAGUGUCAGUCUUCACCAGAUCAUCACCAACGAUCAGGUGGAACUGUGUGAGAUGUUCUUGAAGAACAGCGCCCUAGCGGGGAGGCGGUCCACUGCAGGACCGGCGGGUAGGUACUUACCCUUGCACGUCGCCGCCAUUUUUAGACGCCCCGAAAUUAUGGAAUUGCUGCUCAGAUACGAAGUUCAACAUCCUGACGAAAGAAACAGCCAGGGUAAGACUGCACUUCACAUGACGUUUCUCUACUGGCCUCGGUAUAAAAUCGCCGACAUGCAAGGCCGCAGCCUUGGGGAAAUGGACGUUGAGAAAUGUGUGAAAUGUUUACAGGCACUCUGCAGACAUCAAGCCGAUUUCAACGCCAGAGACGAGUCUGGCAUGACUCCUGUACACUACGCAGCAGCUUUUGACAUCUUCCAGGCGAUUGACCUGCUAUCUGAGGCAGGAGCAGAUAUGAACACGCAGGAUUCAAAUGGAAGAACUCCCCUGGCCGUGGCAGCGUCCAUGGCGCACGUCGACACCGUGCGGCAUCUUCUUGAACUGCAGGUGUUGGUGGAUGUCGCCGGACGAGAUGGUCGCACCGCCCUGCACCAGGCAGUGGUGACUUGCUCGUACAGACAAAGCGACGAUGUGGAAUGCGUGGAGUUACUUUUGCAAGCUGGAGUUCAACCGUCGCCAAGAGACGUCGACGGCGUGACGCCGCUUCACCUAGCGAGUCGUGAAGGUAAUGACAAGCUCAUCAGAAUUCUAAUCGAUCACGGAGCAGACCCGGAUGCUUCAACUUACGAUAGCGGCCAAACCCCAUUAUUUUCCUUUCUCGACAAUCCGUCGAAUAGAAACAAACUAGCUACACUGCACAUGUUGCUGAAGGAAACGUGUCGGAUCCAGGUGCUUGACCGGGCAGGAGGGCGCCCAGCGUUGUUGGAAGAUGAAUCGGAUUGGUGCUGGAGAGAUGGACUUCUCGAAGCCUCCAGGCAUCCCUCUCCUCUCAAGAGGAUCUGUUUGCAUGUGAUACGGAGAAUAUUGAGAAGGAAGAGGCGCGGACUAGACACUAUCGUUCAGGAUAAUGUGUUAAGGUUACCUCCAUCUAUAAGUGUGGGAAUAGUCGACCCAGAAUGUGUUAGACACUGUCCUCUUCAUGACUAUAUCGACUGA